CAAUGAAGACACUAAUACUUGUAGUAUUAAUUUGUUAUUGUGGCUCUUAAAUGUUAAGAGGUUCCUCAAAGUCUUUAAUUGAAGAAGAACAAGGUAUUGAUGAAUAAUAAUUUAUAGCAAUAUUUCAAAGUGAAUAAGAAGAUUAAAUGUUUUAUGUUGGGAAGAGUGAUAUUUCAGCAGAGACUCUUUAAGGCAAAGAGAACAUAGAUGUAGAAGCUAGUUUAGCAGUAUUCAAAAGUGAUGAUACCCCAAUGGUUUAUAUUGAAGAGUCAAUAGAAUCAAGUAAUUUAUAUUAAAAAUAAAUGCAAAGACUAAGAUCAAAAUUUUGAGUAAUAGGAAUCAUUGAAAAUUGAGAAAGUUGAUGAUGAGAUCUAGUAUAAUUUUACAAUAGAUAAUAAAGAGCAUAAGAAUUACCUGAAGCAAUAAAUGAUUAAUCUAAUUUUGUCGAUAAAGCAAUAGUGUUGGACCCAGAAUAAGAUUAAUAAUCAUCAUAGAAUAGUUAAACUGAUGUUGUUUUGAACAUAGCCCAUAAGACAGAGUCAUUAACUAGUUCUGAUGCAAAUAAAAAGCAUAUUUAUGUUUACAAUCGUAUAAUUUGACUCUUAAUAAAUUAGCUUUGGCAAAGAAACCGUUUGUUGGAAUAAAGUAUCCACCUAUGCCUGUGACUAAGGAUCAUAAUUAUUUGUCAAACUCUGAAAGUCUGACUAUAAAAUUGCCUGCAUGGUCUGAAGAAAGUAAUCAUAGAGUUGAAGAUGAUUUAGAAUUCUUCUAAUUUAUUAGACGUAUACAGCCUUAAAUAUAGUAGCAUCUGAUGUAUCAGUUAAUGAAUAUUGAAAGAACAUUAAUAUAUAAUUCAUUUUUUUCAAGUUGCAAAAUCUAAAAAUAUAUUAUAAUAAAUAAUGUAAUAAGAAGAGAAAAAGAAAGGGGAUAGUGGGAAAAUGGAAAUUAUAGUAAGAAUACAUUAAAUCUGUAGAAAAUUAUGAAUGGUUUCACUGAUAAGGAGUGGAAUUAUUUAGAUAAAAUUGAAAGAAUUGAGCUUACACUUGAGGAUUUUGGGAGAAUGAAUGUUAUUUAAGCAUUCAAAAAUUUGAGAUCUUUAACACUUAUAAAUGUAGGGGUUACAAUAAUUGAAGUAUAUAUUAAUUAAUUAAACUAAAGGGAUUGGAUGAAUUGACUAAAUUAGAGGAAUUAAAUUUGAAUGAGAAUUAAAUUACAAAAUUGAGUGGAUUAAAAGGGAUUGUUAAUAUAAAAUCAUUAUAUAUUUCUCAUAAUGUAAUCUAAAAAAUUGAGGGAUUAGAAAAUCUAACAAAAUUAGAGACUUUAUGGCUUUGUGAUAAUAAAAUUGAUGCAAUUUAAAAUUUAGAAAAUUUAGUUAAUUUAAGAUAAUUAUGGUUAGCAGCUAAUUAAAUAAGUUAUUUAAGAACAUCUCUUGAUAGAUUAAAGAAUUUACAUGAUUUAAAUAUUAGUGGAAAUAAAAUUUGUAGUUUUAAAGAAGCAUUAAAUUUAAAUCGUUUACCAAACUUAAAAGUUUUAGCAUUUUAUGAUCCUCAUUUUGGUGAUAAUCCUAUUUGUAAUCUCUGCAACUAUUAGACAUAUGUUCUUUAUCAUUUGAGAAAAAUAUUCAAAUUAGAUACUUUAAUUAUUUCAGAAGAGUAGAAAUCUUUUGCUGAAGGAACCUUUAUGAAAAAGAAGAUGUAUUAUAAUAUGAGAAUUAAAACAAUGUAAAGGACAUUUUCAACUUUGUGUAAACUAUUGAAAAAAGGAAAGAAAAUUAAAACAGAUUCUUUAUGUGAAGAUUUUUCAAAUUUGAAUAUAAAAUUAGCAUAAGAAGUAGACAAAGAAAGAUAAUAAUUGUUAGAAAAUAAGUAAGAGGAAUAUGAAAAUUAAACUGAUAUUUACAAUAGCAUAAAAAAAAAAGUUUAUGAAUAUUGCAAUUAAAGUAUACAUAAAUUAAUAACUGAAUUGGAAACAGGUGGUAAUAUAAGACUAGAAGAAGGUAAAGCAAGUGAGAAAUGGUAUACUUCUUGUGUUGAUCUUAUCAAUUCUAGAUUUUAUUAAGAUAAUAUGUCUAAAUAUGGAAUUAAAGAUAUAUAAAUAAAGAGAGUAGUUAGAAUUCAUAAUAAAUUCAUAAGAAAUAAAUUUGAAGAAAAAAUGGAAUCUUUAGUAGAUGUAUCUAAUCAAAGUCAUAAAAAAUCAUUAGAAUAUCUCUUUUAUGGAGUGGAUCCAAAUUUUUAAUCUGAAAUUUAUAAUGUAAUAGAGGAGGGAUUUAGAGGUUGUUAAGUAAAUAAAUAUAUUAAAUAAAGGAAUCAAAAUCUAUUGGAUUAAGUACAUAUACCCCUUUAGUAAAUAGUAUUUUGGGAGCAGAUGCAUCAAGAAUUCAAUAUAUUUUAAAUGGAUAAGAGCAUAAUCAAAAAUUAAAUAAAAGAUUUAUAAAAAGAAGGUAAUUUAUUCUAUAUAUAUCUAUAUAUUUAGAUUGUUUUAUUAAAAAUACAAUGUGAUUCCUCCAGGAGUAUUAUUGAUUUGUAAAGUUCUUAUGAUUAAAUCUGUUCCAGAUUCAAAAUAUCCUUAUUUCAAUCCUGAAUAACCAUGGAGUGAGAUGUUUCAGAAAUAACCAAUUGAUGGAAGAUAAUAUUAAGAUGAAUAUACAGUUUAUAGAUAAAUGGAGAAUGAUAAUAGACAUAAAUUAUGGUUUGUGUUAGAUAACAAUUUAGUAUUACCAGAAUACUUUGCAGAAUUUGAAUAUGUUAUGUAAUCGCCAUUACAAAAUAAAGUUGCUGAUUUUGGUUCUGCAUUAGGUGUUUUAGAAUAAGAAGAUGAUGAUUUCAUCACUCCUGCUAACAUUAAUUUGUAGAAGGAAAGUAUAAAUGAUUUAUAUAAUUAAUUGGCUGAUGAUUUAAAUACUUAUUAAUUUGAGAAUUUAGAAGAAUAUCCUACUUAUGAACUUAAAGCAUAAGAUUUAGAUAGAUCAGAAUGUGCUUCUUUAAAACCUGCUUUAAUAAAUUAUUUUAAAUAUUGUCUUAGUAGAUCAACUUUAUAUGAAUUAAAUCCAAAUUUAGUUUGUACACCAGAUUUAAAUGAAAUUCUUAAGAACUAAACUUAAUUUUUAAAUUUAAGUAAUUGUUGUGUUCAAGAUAUUACAUUUAUAAAAGGAUAAUUUCAUACUCUAAUAUUAAGUUAUAAUAAAAUAAGUACUAUUGUUGGUUUGAAUGAAUUGCCAAAUUUGGUUAGAUUAGAUUUAUCACAUAAUGAAAUAAGUAAUUUAAAUGGAUUAUAACACUUGAAUAGUUUAGAAAUCUUGGAUUUAACUCAUAAUAAUAUCUAAGAUAUUGAUUAAAUUGCUUUACUCAAAUACAAUUCGUCAUUAAAGUAUUUGUGUGUUGUCUUUAAUCCAAUUAAUGAGUAUAAAGAAACAAGAAAAGAGAUAGUAAUGAUUUUGAAUAAUUUAUAAUUUUUGGAUCAUUUGCCAGUAACUGAUGAAGAUAAAGAGAAAACUAAUAAUUAAAAUUAAUUAAUUACAACUGCCAUGCUUCAAACAUUUAGUAAGGUCUAAAUGGAUUGGAAGUAAAAUAUUUAAUCAGUAAUGAUUACACAUUAGAAAUUAAGUAGUAUGAAAGGAUUGGAAGGUUUAGUAUAAUUGAGACAUUUGAAUCUUGGUCAUAAUAAAAUUACAUAGAUUACUUCAAUAUAAGAUUCAGUAUUAUUGGAAGAAUUAAAUUUAGAAAAGAAUUCUAUAAUACAAAUUUAAGAAUUAGAUAAUAUGUAAUAUUUAAAGAAAUUAGAAUUAGGUGGAAAUAGAAUAUCAAUAAUUGAUGGAAUUUCAAAUCUAAUUAAUUUAAUGUAAUUGUCAUUGGAAGAUAAUGCUAUACUUUAAUUAAGAGAUUUUCCAGAUCUUAAAAGUUUAAUGGAAAUAUAUUUAGGAAAUAAUAAUAUUACAAAUUAGAAGGAAAUUAAUAAUAUAAAACAUUUGCAAAAACUAAUUAUUUUAGAUCUUUCAGGGAAUCCCUUUGCUAGAGAUACUAAUUAUAGAGCUUAUGUUCUCUAUAUUAUUCCUAAACUUAAAGUUUUGGAUGGUAUCUCUAUUGAAGUUUAAGAAUAAUAGAUGGCAAAGAAUCUAUAUACUGGUAGAUUGACAGAAGAGAUACUGUAUUCUAGAUUGUAAGGGUAACCAGCCAAUAAAAUAACAGAAUUAUGUUUAUAAAAUUGUGAACUUAGAGAUUUUGAAGAUGUAUUUAAUGUUCAAUAAUUUCCAUAACUUGUUGAAUUAGAUUUGAGUCAUAAUUUAUUUACUUCUACAAAAAUGCUUGGUUUCUUGCCUUAAUUAAAAAUUUUAAUUUUAGCAUCAAAUAAAAUUGAUACACUUCUAUAUCCAAAUGAUAUUAAUUAAAAGAAAGGAUUGAAUGGAUGUUAACAAUUAUAAAUUUUAGAUAUCUCUUAAAAUUGUUUAAAAGAAUUUAAUGGAUUAUAAUAUUGUUUACUUAAAGAAUUAAAAAUUAUGAAAUGUGAAAAAAAUGAAAUUGUUAGAGUUGAUUUCUUAGAGAAUCUAAAAUAAUUAAAAGAAUUAGAUUUAAAUUAAAAUAAAGUUAGACAAUUCGAUCCCCAAUCAUUUUCUGGAGCUAAUCCUAUUAGAUGUUUGAAAAUAGAUGGAAAUGGACUUAAGAAUUUUUAGAAUAUUUAAAAAUUAUAUAAAUUAUUGGUAUCUAUAAAUUCAUUAAAUUUAGCAUUUAUUUGCUAAUUCAAAUAGAAUUAAUGAUCUACCAGAUAUUGAAUAUAUAGUCCCAUUAACAUAACUUAAAGAAUUAGAAUUAGUUGGAAAUUCUUUAAGUAGAAGACCUGGUUAUAGAUAAAUGGUUCUAAGAAAAUUGCCAACAAUUUUGUAUCUGGAUGGCAGAGUAUAUAAAUUAUUUUAUUCUCCUUUAGGAAGUCACUUAAGAAGAGAGAGAGAGAUUAGAAUUAGUUGAUAGACAAGCAGUACUUCCAACAAUGUAAAUUUAAUAACAACCCAAUACAAAAGUACCUGUUAAAUUAAGUUCAAUCAAUUUUGAUGGAAUCUUUAGUAAAUGA